AUUUCGAUUCCCUUUCUCCCUCUCUUUUUCCUCCCACCCGCUCCCAAAAAAAGCUACUUUUCACCGCGGUGAGUAAACGGCCAUUACUGAGAGCUCCACUCUCUUCUGUACUGGUUUCCCAAAAAGAAGACGUCUCCAUGUCCGCUCCCUUCUCAGCCCUAUACUAUCGCAGAAGGCAAGCUUGAACCUUCCCCUUCUUCUUCUCCGUCGAAACCGAAGUCGCAACAGUAAGCAACCAUGAGAGGAUGCCUUCUCUUCCUCAUCCUCUUCUUCUCCUCUCUUCCCGACUGCGCAGUCGAAGCCUCUACUACAGGAGCUAUUAUGAAGCAUCUCAAGAACUUCACUCCUGUUCUAAAAUGGCCGAGGACUUCACCAAAGUCGGUGGGAACAGAUGGAGUUGCUCCUCAGUUCGAGAAUGGCUAUUUUGUGGAAACUCUUGUGGAUGGAGACAAGCUCGGGAUCGUUCCUUAUACAAUACGAGUUUCUCCUGAGGGAGAGCUCUUUGCUGUAGAUUCUGAGAAUAAUAACAUAGUUAAGAUCACUCCGCCGUUGUCGCAAUAUAGCAGGGCGAGGUUAGUUGCUGGAUCGUUUCAGGGUUACUCAGGGCAUGUAGAUGGAAAACCUAGCGAUGCUCGGUUCACUCAUCCGAAGGGUGUCGCCAUGGAUGAGAAGGGCAAUGUUUAUGUUGCAGAUACUGCUAAUCUUGCUAUCAGAAAGAUUGGGGAAUCAGGAGUGACUACAAUUGCUGGAGGAAAAUCGAAUGUUGCAGGAUAUAGAGACGGGCCGAGUGAGGAUGCGAAGUUUUCCGCCGAUUUCGACAUUGUUUAUGUUGCAAGAACUUGCUCCUUGUUAGUGAUUGAUAGGGGUAAUGCCGCUCUAAGGCAGAUUUUGCUUCAACAAGAAGACUGUGAUCACCAGUAUAACCCAAUUUCUUCGUCAGACAUUAUCAUGGUGGCUGGUGCAAUAUUGGCAGGCUACAUUUCAUGUUUCCUUCAACAUGGAUUCGGAAGUUCCCUUUUCUAUAAGAAACAAUCAACAAUGUCAAACCAACAAAAUCACUCAUCACUGAACAAACCUUCUUUGGUUGUGGAAUCCCUAAAGGAAGAAACAGACGCAGGUUGGCCAUCUCCAGGAAGACUGAUCUCUGAUCUUUCUAAAUUUGCCAUAGAAGCCAUUAGUAAUUCCCUUCUAAACCUCAUCUUCUUCCCCCAAAGUCUCCUACCCCGACGAAAAACUCCGACUCCACUCGAAGACAAUCUAAUCAUACCCGACGACAAACCAGAUCCACCCCUCCCUCCGAAGCAAUCAAACCCUUCAACCAAGGCGGAGACACUAACCUCCUCAAAUAUCAAUCCUGAUUCUUCCAUCAGGCACCAGAAGAGCAGCAAGCAAUCCAAGCACAAGGAUUCUUCGCUCCCAAGCAAGCACCGGUCGACAAAGCGGCCAGAUUACACCGAUUUCUACACCGCCGACACAUCUCAGAUCAGUUCCAAGAUCCACAAAGAUCGAACUCGGCACCGCCACCGUGAAAAAGAUGGAGAAGUGGGUUUCGGAGCAGAGACAAAAGGUGUUGAAAGCAAGCAGAAGGAGUACAAUGGCGAACAGAGUUUUGAUCACUAUAACAUGAACCACAAGUAUGGCGCAGAUUCUUCUUUCCGUUUCUAAAAUUCUAACUUUGAUGAUGAUAUGUGUAAUUAUGAAUUGUCCAGGCUUUGCAUUUAUUAUAAAAAUGCCCACAAAACUUCUACUGCUUUGUUUGAACCUGUAAAUUCUUGU